GAGAUAAGCCGAUCAAAAUGGAAUUAUCCAUUAACAUGCAAAUAUAUGACCGAGUGUGGGUCAUUCAAGAUCUAAUGUUCGGUAGUAGCAAUGCAUCUGGUUCUGGUUAUUUCAACUUUUCAAACAUCCGAUAUGGCCAGGCCCCAACCGGUCAUCUUCGAUUCUCGCCAUCACUUGCUCCUGUCGGUCGGAACAGAACUAUAAAUGAUGGCCAAAACAGUGUCACGUGUCCAAAUGCGACUCCAGCAUGGGUUAUCCCAGCCUUAAGCUUCUUACCUGCCUACUUCUCGGGCCAGAAUCUCAGCAAUUAUACAUCUUUGACGCAAACUCCAUUGAACACAAGUUUUGCUCAGACUUUGACUCCUGGAUCGGGAGUCUCCGAAGACUGCCUCUUCCUCGACGUCAUAGUACCUGAGAAAGUUUUCAACGCCGCGAAGAGUAAUAGGUCAAGCGGAUAUAACGAGGCUCGAUGUGCCCCUGGUGAACCAUGCAAAGUUCCAUCCGGAGCCCCAGUUCUAGUUUGGAUUUAUGGAGGUGGGUAUACUGCUGGAAGUAAGACCUCCGAGGGAAGUCCAGCAAGCUUGGUUGCCCGCAGUGUAGAAAAUGACGGCGAAGGGAUUGUGUAUGUGGCAAUGAACUACCGCCUGGGUCUUUUUGGCUGGUUAUCUGGUCCUAAUGUUACUGCGAAUGUCGGGUUACAAGAUCAAAGAUUGGCACUUGAGUGGAUUCAGCGAAAUAUUCACCUAUUUGGUGGUGAUGCAUCGCGUGUGACGGUUAUGGGCGAAUCAGCGGGUGGUGGUUCCAUCAUGCACCACAUCACAUCAUAUGGUGGAAAAGGGUCGCUUCCAUUCCAGCAAGCAAUCCCCCAAAGUCCGGGUUAUUUUCCCGCAACCCCUCUACAGGCACAACAAAUUUUCGACAACGUAUUGAGCAACGCUUCCGUGUUGUCCAAUGUGACUAUCAACUCGGAAGAUGAUCUUCGAGCCCUUCCUUAUGAGACAUUGUACGCCGUCAAUGCUAUCGUUACAGGUCUCUCGUUAUGGGGCACUUUUACUUUCGGUCCCGCCAUCGAUCGUUCACCCAAUUCCUACGUGCCAGAUUUCCCUCUACGCAUGUUAGCAAACGGGCUUUACCACAAUGUCAGCGUAAUGGUAGGCCACACUUCCGAUGAAGGUCCUUUUUUCUCGGCGCCCUUUGUCCAAACUCAGGACGAUUUUGAAACAACAGUGGCGGAAUUCUUCCCAACUGCAAAUGAAACUCUCCUAAACACCAUUACAACUGAGCUCUAUCCACCAGUUUUCAACGGAACUUAUGGCUACAGAACUCCUUACGAGCGAAUCGCUCGCACCCUGUCGGAUUUCGUGAUAACGUGCAACUCGCAGUAUAUUGCGUCCACGUUCUCGGGUUUCUCCUACGUCUUCUCCAUGUUUCCUGCCAUUCACGGCCAAGACAGAUUUUAUACAUUCUUCAACGGCGAUACAUCUACAGCCACUAUCGGGGCUCCCGUCUACAGCCCGGUCAAUAGUACUGUAGCUAUGGCAUUUCAAAGCCUCAUUCUGCAAUUUACUAUGACGGGUAUCCCUACAGCAGAAGGGUUCCAGAAUCCUAUAUUGUACGGCAAUAAUCAUACAGUUUCGAGUAUCAGCACGAAGACUUUGCUCGAACCAGCUUUGGGACAGCAGGUUCCGGACCCAGGGGCACAGAAGCAGUGUGAUUUCUGGUUAGAGGCUCCCUAUUACACGUUGGAUGAGGAUUAGGAUAUUUUGGAACAGUGAGUACUAGUAUGAAUGAUUCGCUAACCGUAACGGGCGCUUCUGACUAUCUGGCAUCCGGGUCUCGAAAAAAACUUUCAACAUGUUAGUGCACUCUAAAUAGUAUACGCAAGUGGAGAAAUAUAUGUAAUAUAGACUAUCA